UACGCGGAGCGCGUAGCAGACGGAUGGAGGCGGUUUGUUUGUGUCAAAGAGCAGAAAAACGGAGCACCCAAAUAACAGUAUUCAAACCUGGAAACUUCUUAUAAUGGAGUGUCACAUUUCACGGGGGUUUUUAAGUUUGAGACAAUUAUCUAGAAAAGCUGUGCAUGACCAUUGUAACAGGCUGCAGGACGGCAGAGUUGUGUUUGGCUGUUUGCAAGCCGUUGAAAAGAGGUUAUACCACAAGAACAGCUCUCCUCACAGCAACUCGAGCCUCUGUCCCGCUGCUCGGCUCCACAGUUUGAACCUCUUGUGUUCCCCAGCACUGAGUGCCAGUCGCUCCUUAGCCUUCAGGCCACGCCAGACACGCGGCAUAGUCAUCAGCAAGAUUAUUGACGCCUUCCGCAAUGCAGAGAUCACCAGCGUUGAAGGCUUUUCAAAGUUCAUCAUUGACUCUGCACCGGUCAGUGCUAUUAGACACUUCUAUGAGCUGAUGGAGGCCACCACUGGCCUUCCCUGGGCUGCCAAUAUUGUGUUAUGCAGUUUUGUAUUACAACUGAUUCUCAAUGUUCCUGCCAAUGUAUACAUGAUCAAGUGGAGCACGGGUAAAGAAAAACAAAUUGGGGAUCUAAUUGCAAUCAAAGCCUCAGUGAUGCGUUCUCCAAGCCGUGAUAAUAUUGCAAUGUUUGCAAAAGCGAAUACAGAAUUAACGCGGCAAUAUGGUUGUCAGACCUACAAAUUUGUUUCAACUAUUGCCUACCAAAUGCUUCACGUAACCAUCACCUCCUUUGCAGUGCGUUCAAUAUUCCUACAACCCAACCCAGAUAUUUUAAAUGCUGUUACACCUUGGGGCACUUUACUUGCUCAAGCUGAUCCACUUCUUGUUUUGCCACUAUGCAAUUUUGUUCUUAGCCUUUUGCUGGUUGAGGUUGCAGCAUGGAAAAAAUCAAAUUCCGAAGAAGGCCUAAAAAUGACACUUAGAAGAGCCAAUCUUCCCUUCAAAGGAGAACCCUUGUACUUAUUAAAUCUGCGCCGUGGUGUCAAUAUACCUAUGCUGCUAAUAUAUGGUAUAGUUCCAUCGGCUUUGAAUAUUCAUUGGAUUGUUAUGAUGCUGGCAUCAAUCAACACACAAAUACUAAUGUCACACAACAAAACUCGAAGAGCAUUGGGCAUUGCACCAUGCUACUUCGAAACAGCAACUCCAUAUCGGGACUUCCUCCGUCAUCUAAGAAAUGAUGUCAUAAUAUUUAAUAAAAAGAAAGUUUAAUUUCUAUGUGUAUAUGUAUAGGUACAUUGAAUAAGUUUUCAUGAUUUACUGUGAAAUGUGAAAAUGGCAUUAUGAAUGUGUUUCCAAAUUUAGGAAAAAAUAAAUCAUUCUUUGGACAAGUUAA